AUGUCUUCUUCUGGUACUCCAGUUCAAGAUAGCCAGCGGUUCAUCAUUGGGCAGAUGGAUUACUGGGAUCAAGUGAGUGAAUCAGGGGGUUUUGAUAUCGAGCAUAUCUCAGCACCUCAAUGCGGACUCGUGUCUUUUGAUUGUGAAAACAAGAGGAUUAGGUAUCCUAAUAGAUUGUUGGUCAAUCUUUACGCUAGACUCGGUCUCCAUCGUUACAACCUCACUAAGUUUCCUUCUUUCUUGAUUAUGGAUUAUGAUCAUUGA